AUGGCCAUCAGUAUACUACUGGCUAAUUUGCGGGUCUCGCGGUCGCACGUACACAAUCUGGCACGAGUGAAUGGGUAUUCAACUAGACGAAAUCUGUGGGCCUCUUACCAACGAUUCUUGCCCCGACGCGAUACUCAUGGGCACUAUGGACAUCAUGGGUCGGGCUCACCACGGACAAAUUCUACAUUUGCAGAACAGUUUACUGCACCCUCUUUAACUAGUCCCACUCUCUUUGUUGUCGGCUUGUCCGGCCUUGCUUACUAUGCGGCCGGCACGGCUACGAACCGGGACACACAGUACUGGGCAGAAAAGCUCGGAGCAGGACAAUGGUGGAGAGGACUUACUGCUCCCGGGAGCUUUGAGCUUCGUAGGGCGCGUGUAUUGGACUUGAAGCAGAGACUCACUGAGCAUUUGAGCUCUUUACGGGAUAACACUGCUUUGCUGCCUGUCGCUGUUCGUGUAUUUGUGAAUCGUACUGCUUAUAUUGCAGCCAACAAUUGGUUAGGCGCAGGCGAAGGACGCCAGACGAGCAUGAUGAUCACAGGGUUAUGUGCUUCCAUUUUUGUGGCCUGGCAAAUUCCAGCACUGAGAGGAGUAAUGAGACGCCACUUUUUACACGAUCCACUCUCUGGUAGGCAUCACACUAUGGCUACUAGCAUUUUCAGCCACUCGGCAUUUAUGCACCUUGCAUUCAACUCACUUGCACUUUUAUCCUUUGGGACCGCUGCGAAUGCGUUGCUGAGGAACAAGCAAGCUUUGGUGCCGUCCGGACUUCCAGAAUCCACCAGCAUGUACCAUUUCAUGGCUUUCUUCCUAACAGCUGGAUUUUUCUUCCUAUGUAUCGCAUAUAAUCUCUACGCGCGUUAG